UAAGGUUCCGUGUCAGAACAACAUAUACCCAUGUGAGUGUGGCUCUGGCAGUGAAGAUGCUCUCCUCAUUGAAAGAUAGAGUUGGAAACGUCUUAUUACCGGGAGAUGAGUUCAUCUUUGACACCGACGACACCAUCUCUCUGACGGCUCACGGUCAACCCGAGAAGGUCCUAUGUGGACCCGGUCUGAGGAGGAGCGGGGACCGGGUCCUGGUUUUUAAGAGCGGGGUCCUGAGGCACAAAGAGCCCAACAUGUUCUGGAUCGACUCACAGCAGAAGAGGUACGUCCCUGUUAAAGGAGAGACCGUCAUCGGCAUCGUCACGGUCAAAUCAGGAGACGUUUUUAAAGUGGACUUUGGAGGAAGUGAGCAGGCAUCGCUGUCCUACCUGGCGUUUGAGGGAGCGACCAAGAGGAACCGCCCCAACGUUCAGGUGGGGGACCUGGUGUUUGCCCAGUUUGUUGUAGCCAAUAAGGACAUGGAGCCGGAGCUGGUCUGUGUGGACAGCGUGGGGCGGGCCAACGGGAUGGGGGUGUUUGGAGCGGGAGGUCUGCUGUUCACCGUUUCUCUGGGACUCGUCAGAAGACUGCUCGCCCCCCACAGCGCCAUAGUCCAGGACCUGCAGCAGCUGUUUCCCUGUGAGCUGGUGGUGGGGAUGAACGGCCGCGUGUGGGUCCGCUCCUCCAGCCAUCAGCGGACGCUCAUCAUCGCCAACCUGCUGCAGAGCUGCGACACCAUGACGGGGCAGCAGAGACAGGCGCUGUUUAAACGGGUGGCGGAGUCGGCGCGCUGACCUGAGCCAUGCUGCGGAGCACGGCAGCAGUGUACAGUUCUUAAUGUAAGAUAUUUUAUAUUUGGAAAUAUGACGUUUAUGAAAAAUAAAACAUUAAAAAAUAAACAAA